AGUAGCUACGUGACACUGUAGAGCACUUUUUCUAACAACUUUGCUGAUAGCAAACCAUUACCCAGCUGUUGGUGUAGAGUACAUCUCGGCGCAGAAGCUUGCGUGGCAUUCGUGUGUAAAACAUAGGGCAAGCCAUGAGGGGAGUGUGUGUAUAUGUGUGCCAGUGAGUGAGUGAGAGAGAGCGAGCCUGAGAGCGAGACGUGGGAGUUGCUCAGCAGAAUAAGUGUAACUAUUAUGUUUACUUUCUUCAAGUAGACACCGAAGGAAAGCAGUUGAAUUGAAGCACACAGAAGGAGGUUUGGGCUGAAGAGGAGGCCUGAGGCUUGAGGCCCUGCGCUGCACUGCCACACUUACGGAGUGACUGGCGGCUUUGUAUGCUACCAUGGAGCAUAGUCAUCUCCAGCACAACCUAGAAGAUCAGAACAAACUCUACAAGAUGCCCGGCGAAGACAACCAGAGGAAUAUGCCCCCAUAUCAGUACUGUUGUACGCUGGCCAACUUCCGCAUCGAGAAGAAGAUCGGUCGAGGCCAGUUCAGCGAGGUGUACAAAGCCACCUAUCUGCUGGAGGCCUACCAGGUGGCUCUCAAGAAGGUCCAGAUAUUUGAGAUGAUGGAUGCCAAAGCUCGUCAAGACUGCAUCAAGGAGAUUGACCUCCUGAAGCAGCUGAACCAUCCCAACGUGAUCAAGUACCUGGACUCGUUCAUCGAGGACAACGAGCUCAACAUCGUGCUGGAGCUGGCUGACGCCGGCGACCUUUCGCAGAUGAUUAAGUACUUUAAGAAGAAACGGCGGCUCAUCCCAGAGAGAACGAUCUGGAAGUAUUUUGUCCAGCUGUGCAGCGCUCUGGAGCAUAUGCACUCCCGCAGAGUCAUGCACAGGGACAUCAAGCCAGCUAACGUGUUCAUCACUGCCACGGGCCAGGUGAAACUGGGAGACCUGGGACUGGGUCGUUUCUUCAGCUCCAAAACAACUGCGGCACAUUCUCUAGUGGGAACACCAUAUUAUAUGUCCCCCGAAAGGAUCCAUGAGAAUGGCUACAACUUCAAAUCAGACAUCUGGUCCCUGGGAUGCCUCCUGUAUGAGAUGGCGGCACUUCAGAGCCCUUUUUACGGGGACAAGAUGAACCUGCUGUCCCUGUGCCAUAAGAUCGAGCAGUGUGACUACCCUCCCCUCCCACCUGACCACUACUCGGAGAAGCUGAGGGAACUGGUCAGCAUGUGCAUCAACCCGGACCCAGACCAGAGGCCGGACAUCGUGUUAGUGCUGCAGAUCGCCAGGCAGAUGCACAUGAGGACUGACAGCACCUGAGCGGCCGCUGUGACUCCUGUGGUGACGUCCACGGACCAGACAAAAAACCCGCAGCAUCUCAAAAAAACAUCAACUACAUGAAAAUAAGAAGCCGGCCACCUGGCCUUUCGGAUCCUCCCCCCUCCCAUCUGCACAGAAAGCGUGAAGGAGACUCAGGAGGGGGGGCCUCACAUGGAGACGGCUCUCUCUCCACAGCAGUAUGAGUGGACUAAACAUUUCUUUGUUAUGUGUUUGUAAUAAAAAUGAGUUUACUGAAGCGAAAUGAGGCCCACUUGUGACUUGAAACAAGUGAGUUGGUCGAACUGACAACUGGUUUUAUCAAUAUAGCGCAGUGAUUGGCUUUGUGACCGUUGGUAAUGAGGAGUAUUGCCCCUCCAUUGGCUGAUGUAGAGAAUCCCAAUGUCUUAGGACGACGACUAUGAUGAUAAUGAUGAUGAUGAUGAUGAUGAAAUGGAGGUUAGGCGACAUCAAGACAUGGUUGUCAGAUGAGCAGAGGGGUUGCAUUCCAGACCAGUCUCUCUUAGCAUAGCUUUCAGUCUCUCUUUUGACUUUUCUUCUCUGCAAUGCACCUUGUGGAAUUGACAGCUUCAAAUGUGCCUCUUGGUCUAUGCUUAUUCUUUUGUGUUGUUUAAAGCGAUGUUUACUGAGGUGCUUCACGUUAACCAUGCUCACAAUUUAAUCACUUACCUCGGAUGUGUUGAUGAAUGUUUUUUUUUUUCUCUGUAAAUUUGUUUUCCUCCUUGAUGUGUUUCUAGGCUUUUUUUCCUCGCAGGCUGUGUUUUCUUUUUUGCUCUGUUGCAUUUUAGCUAGGGCAAGGUUGGCGAGAGUGGCUAGACAUGCGUUGCCGCUGACCUCAAAGUCAAGGUCACACGUGAACGAACUCCUGGAGGGUUUAAGCAUGCAUCUGGAGACAGCCAGCAGGUUGACUGUGACAAGUGCAGCACAGACCACAGAUGUAACAGUAUAAGCUUUGUUUGUCUCUUCAUUAACUGUGUAAACAAGUGCCUUGUGGUCCUGUGAAUGGCACAUGGACUGAACAUUACUUUAAAGAUUCUAUGAAUGUUUUUCCGUUGUUUUCUUCUCUCAGUUUUUUCUUUUUUGGUGGAAUGGGAGGUGCAAGUGGUGAUGGGAGUUUCAUCUUGGUUUGUGCCUCAUUCUUUAGGCUUUGUGUUAUACAUAAUUUUAGCAAAUGAUU